GGCGCCCGGCCCGCCGGCCCCGGAGCGGAGCGGAGGAUGCAGCAGCCGCAGCCGCAGGGGCAGCAGCAGCAGCCGGGGCCGGGGCAGCAGCUGGGGGCGCUUGGGCAGGGGCUGGCGCUGGGGCAGGGGCAGGGGGCGGCGCCGGGGGCCGGGGGCGGCCCGGGGGGGGGCCCGGGCCCGGGGCCCUGCCUGAGGCGGGAGCUGAAGCUGCUCGAGUCCAUCUUCCAUCGCGGCCACGAGCGCUUCCGCAUUGCCAGCGCCUGCCUGGACGAGCUGAGCUGCGAGUUCCUGCUGGCCGGGGCCGGGGCCGGGGCGGCGGGGGCGGCGCCCGGGCCGCACCUCCCCCCGCGGGGCCCCGCGCCCGGGGAGCCCGUCCGCAUCCACUGCAACAUCACGGAAUCUUAUCCUGCGGUGCCCCCAAUCUGGUCUGUGGAGUCUGAUGACCCUAACUUGGCUGCCGUUCUGGAGAGACUUGUGGACAUAAAGAAAGGGAAUACUCUGCUGUUGCAGCAUCUGAAGAGGAUCAUCUCUGACUUGUGCAAACUGUACAACCUCCCUCAGCAUCCAGAUGUUGAGAUGCUGGACCAGCCCCUGCCAGCAGAGCAGUGCACACAAGAAGAUGUUUCUUCUGAAGAUGAAGAUGAAGAGAUGCCUGAGGAUACAGAGGACCUAGAUCACUAUGAAAUGAAAGAAGAAGAGCCAGCUGAGGGGAAAAAGUCUGAGGAUGAUGGCAUUGGGAAGGAGAACUUGGCCAUAUUAGAGAAAAUUAAAAAGAACCAGAGGCAAGAUUACUUAAAUGGCGCAGUGUCUGGCUCGGUGCAGGCCACUGACCGGCUGAUGAAGGAGCUCAGGGAUAUUUACCGAUCACAAAGUUUCAAAGGCGGAAACUAUGCAGUCGAACUAGUAAAUGAUAGCCUGUACGAUUGGAACGUCAAACUCCUCAAGGUUGACCAGGACAGCGCUUUGCACAACGAUCUCCAGAUCCUCAAAGAGAAAGAAGGAGCUGACUUCAUUCUCCUCAACUUUUCUUUUAAAGACAACUUUCCCUUUGACCCGCCAUUUGUCAGGGUUGUCUCUCCAGUCCUCUCAGGAGGGUAUGUUCUGGGUGGAGGUGCCAUCUGCAUGGAACUUCUCACCAAACAAGGCUGGAGCAGUGCCUACUCCAUAGAGUCCGUGAUCAUGCAGAUCAGUGCCACCCUGGUGAAAGGGAAAGCACGAGUACAGUUUGGAGCCAACAAAUCUCAAUACAGUCUGACAAGAGCACAGCAGUCCUACAAGUCCCUGGUGCAGAUCCAUGAAAAAAAUGGCUGGUACACACCCCCCAAAGAAGACGGCUAACCCCGGAGUUUCUCCCUCCUCCCUCCCCAGGCACCACUGGACCAAUUACCUUUGAAUGCUGUAUUUGGAUCUUACGCUGCCUCUGUGGUUCCCUCCCUCACUCACUCUUUUCCUGGACGUGAUAGCUCUGCCUAUUGCAGGACAAUGAUGGCUAUUCUAAACGCUAAGGAAAAAAACAAAACAAAACACAGAACUGUUUCAGAUAUUCAAGACUGACUUACAAACCAACCAACCACCUUGCUGGAACCCUUGCUAGCAGGCAUUCUUAUAAAAGAAACUUUUGAGCCUUCUUAUAUUGCUGGAAACUCAGCUGUGCUCCAGACUAGAGCAGCCUCCUUACCUAUGCUAUGGAUUUUUAAUUUAUUUUCUCUUAUUUCAUGUACACUGCUUUUUUUGGUUACAGUGUAUGAUGGAUGUGUAUGGAAAAAAAAUGUAUCUUUGGGAAAACAAUUACAGUUUGUUAAUUUGAAGAUGCUCGUCUUGACUCUUUCGUUUAUUUUUAUUCCCACAUGCCAUCCCCUGAACUAUGUGGUGGGGGGUGGGAUGUGGGACACGUGGUGCCCACCUUGAGUUUUGGUGUAGAAGGUGGAGGCCACAUGCCCCUGGCAAGGAGGGGAGGGAGAUCUGAAGCUCACCUUAUGUCCAACCUUUGACCAUGAUGUCUCCAAAAGGCUUCUAGAACAAACCCAUUUUUAAUCAUUUUUUUCCCCUUGGAAGAAAGCCACCUAACUGCUUUUGACCUUCUGAACUAUACUCAGUGGCACCUUCGGUGCUAUUGGGAUUUUCUUUUUUUCCCUUUAGUUGGAAUAUUUUCAAAUUCCUGGAAAAAGAAGCAUGGAGGCUGCUUCGUAGAGUUAUGUGAAGACUAGAGCAAGGUAGAGGCCGUUGUCACCCAAGUGUAUAUUUGUCUCUUCUGGUCUCGUGGGCUCUGCUACAGCUAUUACGUAGUCUUUGAUGUUCCUCCCUCUGCUAGUGUCCUGAAAACAUCUACAUCAGAGCAUCUGGAUAGCAACUUCCAACAACCCCCCCCCGGCCCCCACCUUCCUGUUACUCCUGGCUACCACUGAGUCAGUUGAAAAAAGAACUGGCUUUAGUUUGUGAAGGAAUGCUAUGGAAGUAGUAGUUAGAUCGGUUUCUCAACAGAGAAUCUUAUAGGACUGUCCAGAAGUGGAGCUGACUAAAAAGGAGGGUACCCUGGAUGAUGGGGGUCCAGUGCCCUCACAGGAUUUGAGAGCCAGGGUCCUGGUGUCAGGAGGGAUAAUUCCUAACAGAAUCUGGACGUGCUAAACAAACACUCCACGUGCUAGUGGUGGCCUCAGAUUUCUGGGCUUCCCAGUUUAGGUGCUACCAGCCUCCUUCUGACAUCUCCUUGUCAGCAAGGCAGCUUUAGAGGCCAGGGUAGCCACUCUGCUAAAAGCCUGUGCCCGUAGGCUGCUUAUUGAAGGAAGCCACAGAACCAGGCUAGGGAUACCUGAGUGAGGCUCCUGGCCUCAGGCAACUUAGGACUUGAGUCAUCUGGAAGGGGUCAUAGACUCCUCCCACAUAGGCUUUGGAGAAAAGUGGUUGGGGGAGGGAUAGAGUGUCCAGACUGUUAACUCUGUAUUUGGGAUGUUCUGUUUGUUUGUUUUCUUUCUAUUCCAUUGAGGGAAAGAAAGUUUCUGCUCCAGGUGAAUAGAAAGGGUUCACCAGCCACACUCAAUGCUGCUCUAACCCCACCUUCACCUUGUUGGGUAUUCCAGAAUAAGAUGAGUUUUGUGGAACAGGGGACAUAGAGGAAAUCUCAUUCUGAGGAGGAGAAAUCUGGCUUUCAAGGCCUCUGUUGCUUCCUCUCCUAAUGUCUGUUACCAGCCCUGGCUGGAGUAUAGAUUGUGUUUUAGUAGAGUGUACUCCAUGCGCUGUUCUCUGCAUAAUGUUUUUUGUAAUGUAUUUUUUCUCAUCUACCAAAGGAUGAAAUGGAAAUAAAAGUUAUUUAAAUA